AAUCAUAUAAAGCAGUGAUGAAGGCAUUUGACAUGUUUAAAAUCAACUUUUAAUUCUAGGUGAUAGUUAACAAUACUUAACAAACAGUCUGUUUGUGGUACAUGUUCUGUGCCAUAUACAAUCUAACAAAUUCACUGCCAAUCCAUUUAUCUACUGUAUAUUGAAAAUAAGCCAUGACAUUGCUGCCAAAGAAAUUAAACUGCACCUGAAAGACAUCAGUUUUACCAAGAUAUGUUGGAGAAGAUCUUGUGUCAUCACUGAAUGUCAGGAUGUGUCUUGUGGUAGAGAGCUAUAUAAAUGACUGUGGUGGUCGUACCAGCAGCGCAUUAUGAAGAUGAGUGCAGCGUAUGGCCUGUUGCUCUCAGUGGCUUUGACGAGCUUGAUACUGACUGGCACAUUUGGAGCUGAUAUCAUCAAUGGCAAAAAAGCCAAGAAGAACUCCAUGCUGUACAUGGCAUCAGUGCAGAUUGAUGGAAAACACAAAUGUGGAGGAUUCCUGAUCAACCCGAGCUAUGUGCUCACAGCCGCACACUGCGAUAAAAGUGGUAACAUGACUGUGAUCCUGGGCACCCACAACAUCAGUCCACAAGGAGCAAAUCUGAAAAGAUAUACUGUGCAAAAUAAACAUAAGCACCCAUCCUACAAAAAUGCCAAAACUGGGAAUGACAUCAUGCUUCUGAAGCUGUCCAAGAAGCUGAAAACCGGCAAAGGUGUGAAAACCAUCAAAAUCCCGAGCAAGGACAAAACGCUUAAGUCAAAGACCAAGUGCCAGGUUGCAGGAUGGGGUCAAACUGAACAGGAAAAUGUGGUGAACGAUCUGCUGGUGACAGAUGUGUCACCUAUCAACUCCUCCACCUGCCAGACAAUGUGGAAAAAAGUGAAAGUGAAUCUCCCCAACAACGUCCUGUGUGCUGGGGGUUACGAGACCAAAAGUGGUGCUUGCCAGGGUGAUUCGGGUGGGCCGUUGGUGUGCAGUGGGACAGCAGUGGGAAUUGUCUCUUUCAACAUGGGACGCUGUGACUACCCAAAUGUUCCCAAUGUUUACACUGAAAUUUCAAAAUUCAGAGGCUGGAUCAAAGAGGUGAUCAAAGGAGGUGCUUGAUGCCUAUGAAAAUGCAUUGAUUUAUUGUGCAGUAUGUCAAGAUCAGCUUUUAUGGUGUCUUGUGAAUGCUAGCUGUCAAACCUUUCAAUAAAAUGGAGAAAUGAACAACAAAACACAAUAA